GGCUCAAUCAAUCCCGCAGGCCAAAGUCAAGAAUAGCACGCUUCUACAGAGCGACUACUGCUUCCAGCUAGAUUAAGGCAUGUGGAGUAAGAGCUACCCUGUGCAACGCAUACCUCAGCCCUCAGGUCGCACAAGAACUUCUCAGCAUCAACAUUCCAUUGGCAGAUCAUUGAUACUUAACACCACGGCUUCCUCUCAGCCCGCUACAUCCUCACAUAUGCUCCGAGUUAAACCAUUGAGUCGCUUCUCAAACAUCAACAUGAAGCUGUCCGCCCUCCUCUUCGCAGUCAUCGCCACUGCCGUAGUUGCCGAGUCAUGCACGUCCAAAGCACCAGCGCCCAAACCAAAGCCUACUUCGAGAUCUGAACUCUGCACGAGAAUCUGCGCUUCGAGCCCGAUUCAGAAUUGUGGGAAGGGUUGGUACUCUAAGCAACAAGGCGAGUGUUGGUCGUGCUGCAAGAGGACUUGAAUAGAGACAAGAGCAGCGUAGCGGGCCAGAACGGAUAAGCAAAAUGGGUACUUCUGAGAGAACGAAUUAUGACGCGUAUCGUG